GAGAAGCAUUUAUAUAUGCCAGUUGAAAAUAUGGAAAAGAACGCGCUCUUGAAGGUUAUUUUGGAACUACAGCAAAAUUACGCCAUAUUUAAUCCUCGUGUGGUGAAAGUUGCUACUAAAUAGCUAAAAUGUAAAGUAUUCAGCAUUAAUUUUGAAUUCAUUUGUAAUCAAUUAUUCUAGUGAAAUUAUGGCGAGAGAUCCUAAUAAUAGUGGCGAUCAUAAUUCAUCGUAUUUAGGUCAGGAUGAUUCUGAGAAGUCACUUGUUGGAAAAUUCAAAUCUAUUAUCAGUAAUACACCUUUAUCUAAAUGGUUCGGGAGACAAGAUAACGAUGUUAAGUCUACUAUAAGAAGACGCGACGAAGACUAUGGAGAAGUAGAUCAUUUGCAACCUCCAAUGAAAAGAGCGAAAUUUACUUUGACUCCAGAAGAUGAGACAACUAAAUCCAGUGACACUAAAAUUAAAGAAAAAUUACUAACUAAAAAUUACAAUUGCCCAGAGCCAGUAGCAGGUCCAUCUGGUUUACAGUCUCGAAAGUUACUUAAUAAUGUUAAUACCCCUAUAAAUAGUGAUAUAAAUGUACAAUUAUUUGGUAGUAGUGAAUUUUUAAAUGGACAUAAAGACUCUGAUAGUGAGGAAUCUACAAGUGGUUAUUCUUCUGUUCUCAGAAUGGGAAGUAAAGAACAUGUUUGCCAAAGUGAAGGCAGUUCAAAACAACAUUCUCCACUUCAGAAUAAUUCCCCCAAUAGGAGAACCCUUUUUGAUACACCUGCUCCAGGUAUUUCAAAUCGUACUCUAUUCACGGAUAGAACUGCAACUCCACAACAAAAUACGUCAAUGAGUUCAAGAAGACCUAAUUUUAAUGUCUCGACAUUUGGUUCCCCUGAUUUUAUAGAUCAGACAUUGUCAACAGAAAUGGUUGUGAGAUCACCAUUCUACAGUGGAAGUACAAUGUAUGGAGGUGCGUCAGCUUAUGGAAACAAGUUCGGUAAAAGAGCUAAAGAUUUGAGAAAUUCCUUGAAGAGAUCAGCUCGAAUAAAACCUAUUAAAAAAAAUGCUGAAAGUUGUAGUAUGGUUUUGGGUAAAACUGCUAGAAAAAUUUUAGAAACUUUAGAACAGUAUAGUACACCCGUUAAUGAUGCUAAGAAAAUUCCAGUAGCUUCCAAAAGAGUGCGAUUAGAUACAAGCUUACUUGGUACACAUGUUGGUGUUAGCCCUUACACAACUUCAGCGGCGUCAUCAUUUAAUAAGGAAUUGCAAGUGCCUACAGUACCGGAUUUAUUAAAAAUGAAGCAAAAGUUACAAAGUAGUACAGAAGCAGUAAGGCAGAUUGCUACCUCAUCAAAAUCAUCUUUGAAUAAAGUACCUCUAAAACAAGAUUCUGCAACGAAUACUCCAAAACAGGACGAGCCAGUUGCUCCAACGCUAGAUACCGAUAUACCACAAGAUAAAAUUAUUUCUGUACAAAAGGUUCAAGAUGUUAUUUUACAAAAAGAAAAAAGUAUUACUGUAUCAAAGGUUGAUAAACCAAAAGAAGCGAUACAAAAUUUUUCGAUACCAACUUUAUCUAAAUUUGAUCUAAUUAUACCUGCUACAGUUACAGUUCCAGAAAAAUUGCCUGAAAAUCAAAUUGUAUCCGCCCCUCCAAAAAUUCCAGAUGUGCCACAAUCAGCAGUUACAAAGAAAAAUAGACCAAAAGAACAACCAAUUACUGUCACACAGUUUAAAUUUUCUGAUCCACUGAUUGUAUCUGAAAAUUUCAAAAGUAUUGUCGCUAUAAAUAACUUCAAAUUCAGUGAACCCUUAUCAAAUUUAAACAAACUGGAAAGCAAAAAUAUUAUCAAACAAACGAAAGAGAAAAAUAACGGACAAACUAUUAUUGAAAAUACGUUAAUGGACAAGUUUAAACCCGCUACCGGGACAUGGGAAUGUAGCACUUGCCUCAUCAGAAAUCAAAAAGAAAAAACUAAAUGUGUUGCUUGCGAAACCCCAAAACUGAAACAACAAACAGAAAACAAACAAGUUAAAUCCUUUGGAGAAAAAUUCAAAAUGCCUGAUAAUAUGUGGGAAUGUCCUGUUUGUAUGAUCAGAAAUUCAAAUGAUAAAACCAAAUGCUUGGCUUGCGAGACACCAAAUCCCAAGUCCUCAGAAUUGGUAACUUCGUCUUCAAGCUUCGACGCAAAAUUUAAACCUUCUGUUGACACAUGGGAAUGUUCCACCUGCCUCAUUCGAAACAAAACCGAUGUUGACAAAUGUGCUGCUUGUGAAACUCCAAAAGCUGCCAAACAAAAAACUCCAUCUGAUGAUUUAGUUGCUGCUUUCAAGAAGAAAGCCGAUGAAUGGGAGUGUACAAUGUGCAUGGUGAGAAAUAGCAAUAGUCAGAUGAAAUGCCAAUGUUGUGAAGCUGCAAAACCAGGUAGCACAAAACCGGUCAUUCAGGAUACUGAAAAAAAAUCCCAACUAAAAUUCAAUUUUGGUAUUGAUAAAAUAGCAGCUGCACAAUUCAAGUUUGGUAUUCAACCUACUACUACAUCUUCAGAUAGUGUGACAAAAUUGCCGGAUUCUGCAAAUCCUAAAGUAGCACCAAUCACUCCAACCGUUCCUACGUUCACAUUUGGAAUACAAAAGGAAGCUAAUACCUUAGAAACAGCAACAGACGAUGGUAAGAGUACUGUAUCUUCAAGUACCAUAGAAAAAUCUAACAUUGAGUCAGUUGUGUCUAAAAUUGUCCCGUCAGAAAAGAAUACAGAUACAACAAGUAAAGCUGCUGUUUCUAAACCCACAUUUAGCUUUGAUACUGAGAAAAAGAGUGCAGAAACCCCUACUACAAAAUCAGAGACAAUACCUACUUUCAAAUUUGGGAAUAUUAGCAAGCAGGUCACAUCUCCAACAACAUCUGCAUUUGAACAAAGUAAACCAACGGAUAUCAGCAGUAACAACGGACUUGAUGCACAAGCCAAAUCUACUUUUGCUACUUCCAGUAGUAAAUUACCAGAAGUACCAUUGAUCAAUAAAACUGAAGCCAAACCAUUUCUGUUCAAAAGUGAUAAUAUUAACACCGACUCUACCAACAAAGUUACAACUUUCAAUUUUGGACAAACAGCCAGUUCAUCUACCAAGCCACCGACCACUCAAUCCUCUGGGUUCAGUUUUGGACAAAACACCACAGCUACAAAAUCAUCUGAAUCAAAUUUUGGACAGAAUACCAAUUCCUCUGCAAUGACGAAAUCACCAGGAUUCAAUUUUGGACAAAGUACUGCUAUAACGCAGCCAUCAGGAUUCAAUUUUGGAUCUAAUAUUUCGACGAAUCCAGCUGUGACGCAGUCAAUUGGUUUUAAUUUUCAAUCGACGACCAAACCAAUGAAUUUCAAUUUCUCUGCGGCAGGAAAAACUGAAAGUGGAAAACUGUUUGCUGGAACAGGAAGUGGUUCUGUUUCAAAGAAUGGCAUUUUUAGUUUUGGUGCUUCUAAUCAAAGCAGCACUACCACUACUCAGAAGACUGGAUUCAAUUUUGGAGGAGCUUCGACGGCACCUAUCACUUCAUUCAACAUAGGAGCACCGACAGUUACAACACAGGCAACACUUCCAACAGGAAGUGGAUUCAACUUUCCCUCGCCUUAUGACGCAAAUGCUAAACCAACAUUCAAUUUUACCGACGGACCCGUGACAUUUUCGUCUCAACCAGCGACAGGAGUUCCUAGAAAGAUAAAAAAGGCAGUUCGUAGGACUCAGCGGUAGUUAUUUGUAAUACAUGUGUAAAUAGUAAUAAUAAUGAUGAUAGAACUACUUUUGGACGCUUAAAAGUAUCAUGAUUGGUUGAUUGUUUUAUGGUGUAUGGAUCGAGCGAGCCUUAAGAAUAAAUAAAUAUGUUAAUUGAGAGAGGAACGUGUUUAAACAAAAAAAGAAAAAACUUCUCAGUAUCUGUUGUAAAUGACUUAUUAACACAAGACAAUGUACUUGAAAUAAAAUUGUAAAAAAAUA